CAAUUGUUGAAGGUGAAGGAUUUAGGGAAUUUGUGAGAGCUUUGUGUGCAAAAUUUAAAAUUCCUUUACGUUUCACCAUAUCACGUGACGUUGGAAACAUAUAUGCAUGUGAGAAGGAAAAGAUGAUGGAGUUUUUUAGAUCAACUAAGCAAAGUGUAUGCUUAACUACAGAUACUUGGACUUCAUUGCAAAAGUUGAAUUAUAUGUGCAUCACAGCUCAUUACAUUGAUGAUGAAUGGACUUUGCAUAAGAAAAUCAUUAACUUUUGCACAAUUGAGAGUCAUAGGGGUGAGAUACUUGGUAGACAAGUUGAUGCAUGCUUGCGUGAAUGGGGAAUUUCUCGAGUUUCUUGUGUGACAGUUGAUAAUGCUUCUUCAAAUGACACAUUGCUUUCUGCUUUGAAAAGUAAGUUGGUUGCUAGGGAUGCUUGUUUGGGUGGGGGCAAGUAUAUUCACAUGAGGUGUGUGGCUCAUAUUUUUAAUCUUGUGGUGCAAAGUGGACUUAAAGAAGUAGGUCCUUCAAUUGUGAAGAUUAGAUAAGCAGUUAAAUACAUUAACAAUUCUUGUCAAAGAAUUGCAAGGUUUAAUGAGUGUGUCAAAAAAGAGAAGAUUGAAAGUAAAAGUGGAUUAUGCCUAGAUGUUCCUACUAGGUGGAAUUCUACUUAUACUAUGUUGGAGCAUGCUUGUAAAUUUGAAAAAGCCUUUGAUUUGUUUGAAGUGAGAGAUCCUUUUUAUAAGGUAGAGCUUGGAAAUACGCCUGAUUGUGUUGAUUGGAAAAAUGGAAAGAAAAUGUGUCAAGUGUUGAAGACAUUCUAUGAGUUGACGGUGAAGAUCUCGGGGUCAUUGUAUGUAACUUCAAAUGCGUUUUUCUUAGAGAUUGCUCAAAUGUUGGUGUUGUUGAAAGGAUGGGUAAGAGGGUCCGCCUUAGAUGUAAGACCAAUGGGGUUGAAGAUGAAGGAAAAGUUUGACAAGUAUUGGGGUGAUCCAACCAAAAUGAACAAGUUCAUUUUCUUUGCCUUGGUUGUUGAUCCAAGGUAUAAGUUCAAGUUCUUGAAGUUUAUGCUUGAAGAAUCAUAUGGCAAUGAAAUUGGCACAUCUUUAGCGGCUAGUGUGAAGGAUGAGUUGUAUGCUUUGUAUGAUGAAUAUAAAGCGUUGUAUCAACCAUCAAAUGAUCAUUCUAUUGAGGUUGAAUCUUCUUCACAACAAGAGCAUGACACUCCUUAUUUAUUGGUGGACAAGUAUGAGAAGCAAAUAAUGCUUGAAGGAGACGAUGUGGCCAAUGAUUUGGAUGUGUACUUGAAUGAGAAAGAAAGAAAGGUGCCUAAUGUGAAGAACUUUGAUUUGUUGACUUGGUGGAAGGUCAAUGAACCUAGGUUGCCUAUUCUUGCUAAGCUUGCCCGAGAUGUGUUGUCGGUACCCGUUUCUACGGUUGCAUCCGAGUCCGCUUUUAGCACCGGGGGAAGGGUGCUCGAUCCUUUUAGAAGUUCUUUGAAUCCUACUAUGGUGGAGAGCCUCAUUUGUGCCCAAGAUUGGUUGAGGAUGGGAAAGGAUCCUAUUAAAGUUGAAGAAGAUUUGGAGUCUAUUCGAAAGCACGAAGAAGCUUUGAAGAUCCUUGGAGUUGGAGUUGUCAUAAAUGAAGAAUCAAAUCAAGCCGUGUAGACUAGAGUGAAGAUUGGAAAAAUGAAUGUUGGAACUUGGAAGUUUGAAUGUUGGAUUUCAUUUUAUUUUAUUUUGUAACUUUAUAUGUUGGAUUUUGAAUGUUGGAAGUUUGGAACUUGGAUUUGGAAUGUUGGAUUUGGAUUUUUAAUUUUAGAUCA